UACAGAAGCUUCCAGAACAACAAGAGGGAUCACUGCAAGUGACUCACCUGCCCUUGCUACCUCAAGAGUUUCUGGACCCCAGGUAACUGAUCCAACAAACUCACUGACGGACUCAAUUGGACCAAGUAAUACAGAAGCCUCCAGAACAACGAGGAGAAUCACUACAAGUCUCUCACCUGUUCUUGCCUCUUCAAGAGUUUCAGGAUCGCCAGAACCUGGUACAACAAACCCUCGGGUUGUCUCACUUGGUCCAAGUAAUACAGAAGCUUCCAGAACAAUAAGGGGGUUAACAACAACUCUGGCACCAAUUCUUGGUUCUUCAAGAUUUUCAGGGUCCCCAGGACCUGGUACAACAAAUCCUCAGGCUGUCUCACAUGGACCAACUAAUAUAGAAACAUUCGGACCAUCAAGGAGGAUCACAUCAAGGCUGUCACCUGCUCCUACUACUCCCUACUCCCAUAAACCUGGUAUGACAACCCGACGGGCUGUCUCAAUUGGGCCAAGCACUACAGAUGCUUCCAGCCCAACAAGGGGGGUGAUGACAAGUUACACAGGAUUCCUUGUUUUUUCAAGAAUCUCAAGAUCUCGGGACCCUGGUACAACAAACUCUCAGACUGCCUCACUUGGUCCAACUAAUAUCAGAAGAUCCAGAACACCAAGAGGGAUCACAACAAGUCUCUUACCUACUCUUGCUACGUCUCAGGUUUCAGGAUCACAGGAACCUCAUAGAGGAACUUCCAUAUCAACAAAGGGGAUCACGGCAAGUGACUCUCGUGCCCCUGCCUCUUCAAGAGUUUCUGGAUCCCCUGUAACCGGUACAACAAACACAAAGGCUGUCACACUUGGUCCAAGUAAUACAGAAGUUUCAAGGACAUCAAGGGGAUUCAGGACAAGUCUUUCAGGACUCCUUGCUACUUCAGGAGUGUUAGUAUCGCAAGAACCUACUACCACAAAGCCACAAGCCGUCACACUUGGUACAAGUAGUACAGAGGCUUCCAGAAAAACAAGUGACUCACCUGCCCUUGCUACAUCAAGAGUUCCUGGACCCCAGGUUCCUGAUCCAACAAACCCACUGACUGUCUCGCACGGUCCUAGUAAUACAGAAGCUUCCAGAACAACGAGGAGGAUCUCUACAAGUCUAUCACCUGUUCUUGCCUCCUCAAGAGUUUAUACAUCCCAUGAACCUGGUACAAAAAACCCCCAGGCUCCCUCACUUGGCCCAAGUAAUACAAUAGCUUCUGUAACACAGAAAUCCACUCUGGCAAAAGCUGAAGACACCACUGUUUCAAAGACCACAGAAAGUUCUUCCAAGAACCAUUUCUACACUUGUAACCUGUCUUUUCCUGAUGAACCUUCAGCUGGUGUAGAAGACCCAAACUCAUCUGCACACAAAAGCCUAAAGAAGAGAGUACUAAGCUUUUUACACUCUGUCUUGGGCAGGGCAUUUUUGGGGAAAUUCCUACGAGCUGUCAUUACAGCCUUCAGGCCUUUUUCCCGCUCAGUAAGAACAACAGGGGUGACAGCAGACAUAAGAGUUGAAUUUAAUGGGUCAACACCAGUGUCUGAGCUCCCCACCAAUUCAGAACUUGCUGAGACCCUCAAAAACAGUUCCAGUGAGGCUCCUUUGCACAACAUCUCAAGAAUUGAUCCCGAUUCAAUCCAAGUGACCGCGGGUCCAAGACCUGAUGCAGUGACCAUUACUACAAUGUCUCCAACUGCCAAUGUGACGACUAAAGCCACCACUCUAAAAGCGACAACAGCUGUACAGACAGUUACGAAGAGACUGACUUUUAGAUCUAAUUCGAAUACAUUUACAGUGGACUUGCUUAAUCCCACAACUUCAGCCUUUCAAGAACGCAGGGAACUUAUCGUGAGCCAGCUUCAGCCCCAGUUCAAAGGAGCAUUCCCCAGUUCUUUUAUAAGCAUGGAUGUGGUUUCCUUUAGCAAUGGAUCAAUCAUCAACAACCUGGAUGCAAAAUUUAUUUUCACAACAGCACCGAAUGCGUCUCAGAUCGCAGAUGUUUUACGGUCUGCAAAUGUCACUGGCUUUGACAUUGACGGAUCUUUUAUUUUCAUUGAUGGCGCAUCUGCAAGUGGAGUAAGUCAUAGGAUCAGUCUGGUUACAGCACUGUGCUUCGCAGUGUUGUCAACGCUGCUGUCGACACCUCACUAG